ACACAUAUUGCAAUAUUAUUACGAUGGAUACGACACCAAUCUUCCAGUCCAGCUUCUCCAUCCGAUCGCUGCUCUCCGUGGACAAAAAGGAGGAGUCCCCCAUUUCGAAGCACAACUCAGGAAGCAGCUUCAGCUCAUGCUCGAGCUCCAGUUCCAACUCCAGCUCGGAUUCGAUGGCUGCAAAGAGCAAUGCAAAGCCGGCUUUCACCUACAGCGCCCUCAUAGUGAUGGCCAUCUGGAGCAGCUCCGAGAAGCGUUUGACCCUAAGCGGGAUCUGCAAGUGGAUCGCGGACAACUUCCCGUACUAUCGCACCCGCAAGAGCGUCUGGCAGAACUCGAUCCGGCACAACCUGAGUCUCAAUCCGUUCUUCGUUCGGGUGCCGCGAGCUCUCGAUGAUCCUGGACGUGGCCACUACUGGGCACUCGAUCCGUAUGCCGAGGAUCUGUCCAUUGGCGAGACGACGGGACGCCUGCGCCGCAGCAAUUGGCAGCAGAAUACGGGGGCGAGACCCAAGGUCACAGGUCAUCCCUAUCAGCGAAUGCCAUAUUAUGGGCACGGGCACGGUAACGGCCCAUAUAUCAAGGCACACAGCGCCUACUUCCCCAUAAUGGACCAUCAACACCAUGCCGCCAUGGUGCAGCACUACCAGGCCAUGAUGCACAGAUACCAGAUGAUGCCACAUCCUCACCAUCACCAGCAUCAGCAUCAGCAUCAGCAUCCUCAUUCUCAUUUCAUUCAGCAAUCAAAGCCCCUUCAUAUCCAGGAGCCAUAUCAUCAUACCCGCUACCAUCUUCACCAAGAGUGAAUUUCAGCAGUCUUAGAGGCGUGAAAACUCACUCAAAGACUACGAACUGUGAAAAUUCCUUCUUGGCGUAGAACGCGGCAAUGUUUUUAGCUUUAAAUCAUGUAGGGUAAUAUCCAUAGAAACUAUGCCCAGGCUUUAAAAUAUAUCGUAGUAAACGUUACGUGCAUUCUCAUAC